GCGAACGCCUUCUUCGCGUCCGCACCUCCCAUUCCGCGCGUGGACACGGUCAAGCGCGAUGCCGCGAGGUUCGUGCGCCAUCACGGCCACGCGAACGCUUUCGACGACGCCACGACCCUCCCCGGGGGGGCGUCCGCGCGUCCGCCGCGCGGGACGCCGCGGCCGAUCGCACUUGUCACCUCCGGCGGCACCACCGCGCCACUCGAGAGAUCCGCAGUUCGGUUUAUCGACAACUUCAGUAGCGGCACGCGAGGCGCGGCGUCCGCGGAGUGCCUUCUCGAGCGCGGAUACGCGGUCAUUUUCCUCCACCGCGCGGGAUCGAUGCGGCCAUUCGAGCGGUCGUUAGAGACCGCGGCAGAACUCGCGGGCGCGGGAACUGCCGCGGAGGAAGUCGAGGCGACGUCGAACGCAGCAGUGCACCUGAUGCCACUCGUACGUCGAUAUCACGCGGCGAAAACGAAACGCACGCUUCUAAUGGUCCCAUUCACGUCCGUCUUUGAAUACCUUACGCUUCUCCGGACGUUGUGCGUCGAAUUGCGCGCGUGCGGCGCGAGGGCUAUGACGUACCUUGCCGCUGCCGUGAGCGAUUUUUACGUCCCUUGGGAUCGUCUGUCCACACACAAGAUACAGAGCAGGGGCAUCACUUUGACGUUGCGCUUGGAGCAAACCCCAAAGAUGCUUGCGCUCGUGAGGUCGAAAUGGUGCCCCAAAGCUUUCGGCGCGUCGUUUAAACUCGAGACUGACGUGGAAAUAUUACUUCAAAAGAGUCGGGAUUCGUUGAGGAAGUACGGAAUGCACGUCGUCGUCGCGAACGAGAUGACUCAACGGAAAGACGAGGUUGUCCUUGUCAGC